AUGGCCACCAACACAAUCGCAGAAUCUGUCACAACAUCCAACAUGGAUCCGUCACGCCAAGGCGAUACUACGGAGAUGUCUUCUUUAAGCCAUGGUCCACUCAACACAACUGAAGAUGCAGUGAGAAACGAGGAAGAGCCACCAGAGAACGCCACGAGUGCAAUUCCUGAUGGCGGAUAUGGCUGGACAAUUGUUGCGUCGUGCUUCACUCUAAUUUUCUGGAUAAAUGGGUACACUACGGCAUGGGGAGUCUUGCAGGCUGCUAUUGUUCAGUCCCCUCGGCUUCACACCAACAUUCGAACUAUUACGUUCGUAGGGAGUUUGUAUAUGGCUUGCAUGGUCGCGUUUGGCUUGAUAUCGGUCAGAUUGUCGAGAGAGUAUGGUAUACGGAUCACCAGUCUCGUGGCAACAAUCUUCUUCGGGUCAGGUUUGAUCAUCACGAGCUUCACCCUCGAGCAUCUCGCGGGUCUCUUCUGCAUCGCUGGACUACUUGUUGGGUUGUCAACAUCGCUGCUCUUCACUGCGACAAACACGAUGCCCACUCAGUGGUUCAGCCGAAAGCUCGGUACAGCUAAUGGGAUCGUGAAAGCUGGAGGCGGUGUUGGCGCAACUGUGCUCCCUGUGGCAACGCAGGCGAUGAUCGACAAGGUUGGGCUUCAGUGGACAUUUCGAAUUCUUGGUGCUUCGAUCCUUGUCACUGGAAUACCUUGUGCAUAUCUCCUUACAGAGCUUAGGCGCGGUGGAACAACAACGAGAUUCGACUGGUCGCAGUUGAAGAGCAUGCCUUUCCUUACUCUGACCAUGUCUGGCGCUGUGGGAGUUUUUGCUCUCUUCGUGCCACCAUUCUUCUUGCCAGUAUUCGCGAGGUCGAUUGGUCUCUCAGCAUCAACAGGUGCCGGUCUUGUCGCAGGCUUCGGUGCAUCUACGGCCGUUGGUCGACUUUUUGGCGGUUGGAUCUGCGACCGCAUGGGUGCUUUCAACUCUUUGGCCCUAGCAGCUCUAAUCAACAGUGUGUCUAUGCUAGCAAUUUGGCCCGUCAGUUCAUCGCUCCCGCCACUCUUCGCCUUCGCCGUUAUCAACGGGUGUGCGAACGGGAGUUUCUUUGUUGCACUGCCGACAGCUGUAGCUGCGCUUGCGCCUGGAUCAGCUGCUGCGUCUAUUAGUCUCAUGGCGUCAUUCUGGGCACCUGGAUAUUUGAUGGGCGCGCCUUUGGCGGGGAUUCUGAUUGAUGCCGCGGGCGCGUCUGAGGCUUCGUCGAUUGAGCCGUACAGAGCGGCUAUCUUUUAUGCGGCCGGUGCUGGGUCUGCUGCGACGUUUUUGAUCGUCGUGUCAAGGCUUAUGUUGAGUAAGAAGUUGAUCAAGAGGUUGUAG